AAUGACUGGAAUUCCCUUAUCAAUUUCAUUCGUCUCACUGAAGAACUGUCACUUGAACUGUCAAAUAUCUGUCUUUUUCUCCUCGUGUUCAAAAGGGACAAGAUAUCAAAAUGACUAAGAAACGCCGUAAUGGAGGACGUUGUAAACACAACCGUGGACACGUCAAGCCAGUUCGUUGCACCAACUGCGCACGUUGCGUCCCAAAGGACAAGGCAAUCAAGAAAUUCGUGAUCCGUAACAUCGUCGAAGCUGCCGCUGUUCGUGAUAUUACCGAAGCCUCUGUCUAUGGAACUUACGUUCUCCCCAAAUUGUACGCAAAACUCCACUAUUGCGUCUCAUGCGCUAUCCACUCCAAGGUAGUCCGUAAUAGAUCCAAGGAAGCCCGCAGAAUUCGUACCCCUCCACAACGUGGAUUCCAAAGGGACGCUGCCCGUGCCAACCAACAAAGAAAGUAAGAGACUUUGAGGAAUGGAUGCGAACUCUUUGAAAAUAUAAAUUCAUAAAAAUGAAGAAA